GCAGUUUGCUUUUUGUCGUCGUCGCGUCGCGUCGAGUUUGCUCUUUUCUCGAGCUGCUGUCAACGAAAGUCAUGACUGCAGUGUUUUAGUUUUCAUUCUGUUCACAUUGUUUUUAAUGUCCGCUUCAAAGAAGUAAGGAAAAUUAGUAUAUUUUUUAAUGUUUAUAACUUACAAAGUUUAGUGAUUGAAGAUAAGUGAGAAUUCAACUGUCUAUGUGCGUUUUGCGGUUUUUCCCAGACUGUUAGGACUGUUAGAGACAAUCGUAUAGGGCAAAACUACAGCUGGUUUGUGAAAUUGGAAUUAAAUCUUCGUAAACUAUUAGCCCUGAAAAAAGUACUCUAUCAGUAAACUACAGUCCGGGACAAAGUAAAUUGAUAACCAUGGCAAAUAUGAAGCAGAUCCCUUUGACCUGCUCUGGUCAUACACGGCCUGUGGUACAUUUAGAUUUCAGCGAUUUGACUGAUUGCGGAUACUUUUUGAUUUCAGCCUGUAAAGAUGGAAAACCAAUGCUGCGUCUUGGCGACACAGGAGAUUGGGUUGGUACGUUUGAAGGCCAUAAGGGUGCCGUGUGGGGAGUCGCUCUUAAUAAUAAUGCAACGCUCGCUGCAUCUGGAGCUGCCGAUUUUACAGGAAAGAUUUGGAAUGCGGUAACUGGAGAAGAAGUCCACAGCUUGCAACAUAACCAUAUUGUGAAGACUGUGGCAUUUGAUAGCAAUAGUCAAUGCUUGGUAACUGGUAGCAAUGAGAAAUUAGUAAGAGUGUUUGAUUUGAACGCCUCAGGUACACCUGUAGAAUCUUACUCUGGACACGCUGGUACUAUCAAACGAGCAAUGUUUGCUCGUAAUGACAAAUAUGUGAUUAGCUGCGCGGAUGACAAAACAAUGCGUCUUUGGGAUCGUGCUUCAGGUCAAGAAACUAUGCGGGUUGAAUUUAACGCACACCCAAACAGCCUAGAACUGUCGCGCGAUGGAAAUAUAUUAACAGUUACCUAUGGUUCUAAUGUUGCCUUCUUUGAAACAGAAACACUGAAAAAAAUGAAGGAAAUCAUGGUUCCAACUAAAGUUAGUUCAGCAAGUUUGCAUCCAGAUAAGCAAAUCUUCGUGUGUGGAGGAGAAGACUUCAAAAUGUACAAAUUUGAUUACAUAACUGGAAAUGAAAUUGAGUCGUUUAAAGGACAUUUUGGACCCGUACAUGCCGUUAGCUUUAGUCCAGACGGGGAGCUAUAUGCCAGUGGGUCAGAAGACGGUACGCUACGACUAUGGCAAACUACCGUUGGUAAAACCUAUGGUCUCUGGAAAUGCACUGAGCCAACAGAUCUCAAUAAUUCAGUGAACUCAUCAGCAACCCGCGAAGUGGCUGCAAACUAGGUUGAAAAAGCAUUCACAGCAGAACACAAUUCCUUUUCGGAUUUUUGAUGGUGAAAAAAACUCGGUUGUAAUUAUUCUUUAACAUACUUGUAUUAUUAGAACAUUUCAUCCUGACAAAACCACCGCGAUCGAGUGUUUUUUGCAAGAAGGUCUAGAUAGUGAACUCAUUGCUUGGCACUCUUUUAAGGGCCUAAUGCGUAAAUAUUAGUAACUUAUUAAUUUCGACCGUUUAAUUAAUAAACUUGUAAACAAAA